CCGAUGAACAAAAAGUUGCAUACAUUGGGGGUUUCUGCGGUUCUAACCUGGCAGAGCCAGUCUGUCCACUCUCACUGGAUUCCACUUAGCUUGCCUAACCUAGCCAUCCAUCUACCUGCAUGAGUGUAGUCAUGUGAGUUUCACUCUUUACCUCAACCCAAAAAAUAUCCAGUGCUACCUGUUCUACCACCCUUGACCCAACCCAGGUCACUCCAUUUAAAAGCAGGUUGUGGUGUUCAGUGGCACGCAUAUAGCUUCCAGGAAGAGUGUCAGCACAUUGAGAAAACAGCAUGGCUUCCUCAUGGCCUCCAGAUGAAUUUGUUUGCUCCGUGUGUUUGGAAGUGCUGCGCGACCCAACUACACUGCCUUGUGGACACACGUACUGCAUGCCCUGCAUCAAGAAGCAUUGGGAUCAAGGGGCAUCAACAAACUGCUACAGUUGCCCCCAAUGCAGGAAAAAGUUUAAUCCUCGACCAUCUUUAUCCAGAAGUACCGUGCUGGCUGAGGCCUUGGAGAAAUUAAGCCAACGAUCACGGCAGCAAACUGAACCUUCAUCUCCAGUCUAUGUCACUGUCCUACCAUCUUUACCAACUUCUCAGGAUGGUUCCUCCACAGCUGAGAAAGGAUUAUACCCACAGCUUCCAGUGUUUUCCCCUCGACUUUGCCAAGAACAUCAGCAACCGCUGGACCUCUACUGCCGUGACGAGAAAGUGUUUGUGUGUGAGGACUGUGGACUGUAUAAGCACAAGGGCCACCAGGUUGUCCGACCACAUGAAGAGAGGAGAGAGAAACAGCAAGAGGUGGUUCAGAUGCAGGCAGAAAUUUUAAGGAGAAUUCAAGAGAAAGAGAAAGACCUUCAGGAUGUCCCAAAGGCUCUAGAGGUCUACCAGGACCAGAUGCAAAUGUUCAAGAAUGAUAUUAAGGAGACCAUUGGGGAGCUGGUGAAGAGUGUGGAGCUAUUGGGCUCUCAGGUGGAGGAGGUUGUUCUUCAGGCCCAUGAGGCCUUCUCGGAGAGCAGAAAAGAGGCCCACCUCAGUAGGCUGCAGCAGGAAGUGUCCCAGCUCCGCAAAAAGGACCAGGAGCUGCGUUCCCUCUCCUGCACACCGGAUGACGUCAGGUUUCUUGAGGAGCUUGGAACACUCUCUGCUCAAGGCCUGGGUGGAAGCGAAGAGGUUUUUGAUCCACAGUUUGAAGCAAUGAAGUCUGGAGUCAAAGCAAAACUAGGGAGAAUGACAGACAGGCUACAGGAUCUAAACAAAGACAUUCUGGCUCAGAUAUUCAGAAUUGUUAAUGAUGCCAAUUCAGCACGUCGCAUGUCUAAUGGUCAUGAAACAAAUGGAGGACCCACUUACAUGAGUGCAGCCUCUGCUGAAGGUCCACCACUUCCAUUACGGCCACCAGGAAUGGCCCGCUCUGCGACUGUGGCAAGCCCAGGGCAUGGCAGAUCUGACGUCCCACCCCCACUCCCAGAGAGACCUCCAGCCAUGAUGCGCGCUGCAACCCUACCUGCUCAAAAGCCCACAACCAACCGUCUGGCAAACCCGCAGCCCAAAACCAGAGUGGAAAUGCUGAAAUUUCGAUUUGGGCCCACACUGGACCAGAACACAGCAUAUCGCCACAUCCGCAUCUCUGAUGGGGACCGGAAGGCCACUCUGCGGGCGGAGGUGGUGGAUGCAUCUGAGCACCCCGACCGCUUCCUUUACUGGAGGCAGGUGCUGUGUAGGGAACCUCUGGCUGGGAGUCCCUACUACUGGGAGGUGGAGUGGACAGGCCAUAAGGUGACUGUCGGUGUGACCUACAGAGAGCUGGAGCGGGCAGCCAGCGAUAACAGCUCCAGGUUGGGCUAUAACUCUUUCUCCUGGGGCCUCAACUGGUCUGGCUCAGCCUUCUCCCUCUGGCACAACGGCAAGGAGACUCCCCUGGCAGGCUCCAAAGCCCACAGGGUUGGCAUCUACCUGGACCAGCAGGAGGGGCUGCUGGCCUUCUACAAGGUCUCCCAUGGAAAAGCAGAGCUCAUCCACAGUCUCAGGGAAAACUUCACCGGUCCGCUCUUCCCCGGAUUCAGGUUCUGGACUGGAGUUGGUGCCACGAUCACCAUCCCUGAGCUGGAGUAAGGAUGUGGGACAUGGCAGUGCCAGUUCCGACUUGUAAGCCAGCCUGAUGUCCAGUGAGUGUUCCAGUACACUGAUGAGUUUUAGAAUGAUGGUGUAGGUGCAGAUGGAUGAAGGGACUGAAGAAACAGCUAUGUUUUCCUGGUUGUUUUGUUUUGUUGUUUGUCUGUUUUCUUCUAUUGUUUAACUCUACUCUUUCCUCACCCUCUCAGUGGAAUUGACUCUCUACCUGUAUUUAUUGUUGCUGAUCAAUUUAAGCACAAAAUUAGCUUUGGUCUUAGGAAUGCAUUUACAUGUAGUUCUUCUGUCAAGUACUCCCCCUAGUGGAAUUAGAGAGAUGUACAUGUUUAAACCAUACUUGGAAGUGAAUCUUUUAGGAAGAGGCCAUUUGUGGCUUUAUCCUCUGAAUAUGCUGGGCUUUGCUGUGAACUGGAAUGUAUGACUACUGAAUGUAUGAAUGUAUGAAUUUAUUAAAAUUGACUCAGGUGCUAA